UGUUCCGCCGUUACUGGAAGAAUUUUGUGUUUCUUUUCCAUGACAAUUGUUAUCAAAGUAUAAAGUUAUUCCCAAAUCUAUUCUGUGAUGCGAUCUUUGUUCUGAUGACUAUUUGAAUAUCAGUUUUAACCGAAAAACGGAUUCAGCACAGAGUUUUGGAAAAAAUCCAUACAUUAAUUGUUUGAAUCUAGGAUCGUAACCCGUUUGUGAAAGUGACUUAUUUGUCAACAACUGAUCAGCGUUUAGAUAUGAAGUCUUCACGGUCAGCUUCAUCACAAAAUUCCAGAAGAAAUGCAAGAAAAAUAGUUUCUGAUUCGUCAGAAACAGAAAACAGUGAUAAUGAAAUUGAAAAUAAAUCAUUUAACAAUAUGGAUAGUGCUAAAGCAGAAAGAUUAUUCUCUCGCCGCAGACAUAUCAAGCCUUUGGAAAGAACUUUAUUUAAUGUGUCUGCUACAUCUGGUACAGACACUUCACUACAAGGAAAUACUAUGCAAACUGAAGACGAGGUAUCCAUUCAUGAAAACUCAAAAAGUACAAUAGCUACUAAUAUGUCUAAUGAUAUUUCUUCAAAUGAAAGCGAAGUUGAAUGUAAUGACAAUAGUUAUGAAGUAGAUGAGGAAUCAAUAGACGACAAAUCAAAAAGUACCAUUUCUAAUAUUUCUAAUGAUAUAUCUUCGAAUGAUGAUGAAACAAAAGUAAUGAGUGACAAUAGUUAUAAAGUAGAUGAAAAAGAUAUAACUAAUAAUAUAGCAUUGGAAAAUACAGUUGCUAAUGAAUCCAUUCUCAUGACUCCAAAAUGGCGUUCAAAUAAAAAGCAAUUAUUUUUAGACUCGAGUGAUGAUGAAGAAGAAGAAAAAACAAGUUCUGUCGACGAGAAAAGCCGUACAAUUUUAGUGUCUGAAUCAGAUGAUGAUAUUAUAAAUUCAUCGAACGAAAUCAUAAAAACACCAGUCAGUAGGCGAUCUGAAAGAGAAGGGCAAUUAAGCGAUUUGUCUUUAGUCGAACCAUCUAUUUCUGAUUUUGACAUAUCUAAAAAUAAAUCUACUAUAUCAUCAUCAAUUAAAAAUAGUCCAUUUUUAGAUGAUCUGGAAGGUACUGUUAAUAAUUUGACAGUCUACAAUCCAAUAUCUAAUAGUACUAUAUUAGAACAUCCACAGUCAAAAACUGAAAAGCAUAAAAUUCCAGUUGAUCAAAAUAUUCAGGUUAUCACUUUGGAUGAUGAUAGUCCAAUUAAAUCCACAUUAGAUACAUUACUUCAAAAAAAUCAAAUACCCACUUAUGAUUUAACAAAUGAACCUGUUAAUGAAAACCAGUCUGUGUCACUUUUUGCAAAUUCCCAAGAUACAUCUAAGAAACUGACUAGUGAACGUUUUCAAUCUUUACAAGUGGAAAAAAGAAGAUUAGAAGAAAUUAUGCAUAGAUUUACAAAAAACAUUGAUAAUAUGAAGAACACAAUGGAAAUUACAAACAUAAAACUAUUACCAGAUGGUGGUCUUAAAUUAAAAACUGCCAUUAUCAAAGAAGAAAAUAAAUUGAAAGAUACAAAAGAACAAUUUGAAAAUGUACUUAAACAACUAAAAUUGUUUAAUGAUUCUCCAAUAACAAAGUAUGUCAAACAAUCGCCAGUAAAAGCAGCUGAACCUACCAAUCAACCAAAUAUAAAAGCAGCCCUAACCAAAAAAGCUGCUGCCAAUAUAGACAUUGGUGCUAUGGGUGACAAAGCUCUGAGCACUUAUAGAGCACAACAAGCUAUGACUUUAGAUGUACUACAUAGCUUACACAAAUCUUUAAAAUCGUGUCCAAGUACUGACAUGUUAGCUGAUGAUCCUACAGGAUUGAAAGUAACACUCAUGCCGCAUCAGAAGCAUGCAAUAGCUUGGCUAUUAUGGAGGGAAAACCAAAAACCACAUGGUGGAAUCUUAGCGGACGAUAUGGGUCUGGGUAAAACAUUGACUAUGAUUUCGCUGAUAUUAAAAGCAAAUGAAACUAAUAAGCAUAAAGAUUCCGCUUCAGAUUCAGAUUCUGAUAUAGACAACCUGACUGAUAAUCCAAGAAAUACUAUCAAAGGCGGAACACUUGUUGUUUGUCCAUCAUCGUUGAUAAAACAAUGGCAAAAUGAAGUUAAAACUAAACUGCGCCCCAGAAUGUUAGAAGUUCUAGAAUAUUAUGGUCAAAAUAGAAGAGAUACUAAUGCAAGAAAGGUGGCUAGAGUUGAUAUUGUAAUUACAACUUAUCAUACUGUGAUGUGGGAUCAGAAAAAUCAUCCAAAUACAAGUCCGCUUUUUCAAGUCAAGUGGAAUCGAAUUAUCUUGGAUGAAGGCCAUACAAUUCGUAAUUAUAAAAGUCAAACAUCCAUAGCUGUUUGUGCAUUACAUAGUAUAAACCGUUGGGUUUUAUCAGGUACACCAAUUCAUAACAAAGAAGCUGAUUUUUACGCCUUAUUGCACUUUAUAAAGUGUCGUCCAUUCGAUGAUUGGGCUGUGUGGAAACGGUGGGUAGGAAAUAAUGACCUAGCUGGUAAAAACCGUCUCCAACUAUUAGUUCAAUCUUUAAUGUUGAGGCGAACAAAGGCUGAACUUAGUGAAGGUACGUCGUUCAAAUUACCGGAUAAGAAAUUUCACACAGUUCAGGUUGAACUUUUCAAAGAAGAAAAACAAGCCUAUGAAAAAGUAUUGGAAUUUUCAAGCACACUUUUUGCAACAUAUUUAUAUGAAAAAGCUGAAAAGGAAAAAGCAGUUGACAGAGGUUUUCCUGUUAAAAAUAAGACUAAAUAUGUUCAUCAACAAGAUUUACAAGAUGAUGUGUUUAAAGACCAUCCCGAAUUAGAUCAAUUAUUUAAGAAAUUAAAAGACAAUAAAGAUAUCCAAGCGCACCAUAUUUUAGUAUUGUUAUUGAGGUUAAGACAGUUGUGUUGUCAUCCAUGUUUAAUGAAAAAUAUGUUAGAAAGUGACAACCUUAAGGCGGAUGGAAUACAAAAUACUAAUGACUUAGAGUUAAUAGAUCAAAUGAGCCGAAUGUCUAUAGGCAUACCUAGUCAAAGCCACACUCCAUUAACCGAAAGUAAUCCCAUUUUCAAUGAAACGUGGGUUAGUUCUAAGAUCAAAAGUGUAUGCGAUUUGGUAAAUGAAAAAGUUUUAAGUACCAAUGACAAAGCAAUUAUAGUUUCUCAGUGGCCAAGUAUGUUGCUGCUUAUAGGUAAUGAAUUAGCCAAGUAUAGAGUGAAGACAAAGCUGUUUUCUGGUUCAGUUCCAGUUUUACAACGAAAUAAAAUUGUUGAAGAAUUCAACAACGAUCAAAACGGUACCAAGAUCUUGUUGCUGUCAUUAACAGCUGGGGGUGUGGGUCUUAAUUUGGUCGCAGCUAAUCACAUGUUUUUGGUUGAUGUUCAUUGGAACCCUCAAUUAGAGGCUCAAGCGUGUGAUAGAAUUUACAGAGUUGGCCAAACCAAAGCAGUUAAUGUCUACAAAUUUAUUUGUUCAAACACAAUAGAAACUUCAAUCCAACGAAUUCAGUCGAAUAAACUGGAAAUUGCUAGUAAUCUUUUUGGUGGUUGUAGUACUGAAGCUACCAAGGUUACGUUAGAUGACCUAAAGGAAAUAUUUAAUAUGAAAUGAUUUAAUUAAUGAAUACAAUUUUUUAAGGUAUUUCAUGUCUUCAUAAUGUUAUGUAUAUUCGUUUUAGUUCUUAAUAUAAGUUUUCAAAGCUCAGUUGUAUAAAAUAAUGUUUACAUGUAAAGGUUUUAUUAAACCAGUGAUUAUGUGUUGUAUGACUAUUAAUA